UCUGGCCUCUCAGAGCCUCUCGGAUCCCCACCGGGUAAUGGGUGUCCCGAUCUCGCCGGGGACUCUGUGAUCCGUGAUCCCCUGGCCCUCCUAGUGCACAGCUUGGCCGGGCUCACCGGGCUCCUGCACCACUGCCUGUCAGGUCCGCUGCCAGCCCCAAGCCCCCCACCAGCCAUGAGCUCCUCCAGGAAGGACCACCUCGGUGCCAGCAGCUCAGAGCCCCUCCCAGUCAUCAUUGUGGGUAACGGCCCCUCUGGUAUCUGCCUGUCCUACCUGCUCUCCGGCUACACACCCUACGUGAAGCCAGAUGCCAUCCACCCACACCCCCUGCUGCAGAGGAAGCUCACCGAGGCCCCGGGGGUCUCCAUCCUGGACCAGGACCUGGACUACCUGUCCGAAGGCCUUGAAGGCCGAUCCCAAAGCCCCGUGGCCCUGCUCUUUGAUGCCCUUCUGCGCCCAGACACAGACUUUGGGGGAAACACGAAGUCGGUCCUCACCUGGAAGCACCAGAAGGAGCACGCCAUCCCCCAUGUGGUCCUGGGCCGGAACCUCCCCGGGGGAGCCUGGCACUCCAUCGAAGGCUCCAUGGUGACCCUGAGCCAAGGCCAGUGGAUGGGGCUCCCGGACCUGGAGGUCAAGGACUGGAUGCAGAAGAAGCGAAGAGGCCUUCGCAACAGCCGGGCCACGGCCGGGGACAUCGCCCACUACUACAGGGACUACGUGGUCAAGAAGGGUCUGGGGCAUAACUUUGUGUCCGGUGCUGUAGUCACAGCUGUGGAGUGGGGGACCCCCGAUCCCAGGAGCUGUGGGGCCCAGGACUGCAGCCCCCUCUUCCAGGUGAGCGGCUUCCUGGCCAGGAACCAGGCCCGGCAGCCCUUCUCGCUGUGGGCCCGCAACGUGGUCCUUGCCACAGGCACGUUCGACAGCCCGGCCCGGCUGGGCAUCCCCGGGGAGGCCCUGCCCUUCGUCCACCAUGAGCUGUCUGCCCUGGAGGUGGCCACAAGGGUGGGUGCGGUGACCCCGGCCUCGGACCCUGUCCUCAUCAUUGGCGCGGGGCUGUCAGCGGCCGACGCGGUCCUCUACGCCCGUCACUACAACAUUCCGGUGAUCCACGCCUUCCGCCGGGCCGUGGACGACCCCGGCCUGGUGUUCAACCAGCUGCCCAAGAUGCUGUACCCCGAGUACCACAAGGUGCACCAGAUGAUGCGGGAGCAGUCCAUCCUGUCGCCCAGCCCCUACGAGGGUUACCGCAGCCUCCCCAGGCACCGGUUGCUGUGCUUCAAGGAAGACUGCCAGGCCGUGUUCCAGGAUCUCGAGGGUGUCGAGAAGGUGUUUGGGGUCUCCCUGGUGCUGGUCCUCAUCGGCUCCCACCCCGACCUCUCCUUCCUGCCUGGGGCAGGGGCUGACUUUGCAGUGGAUCCUGACCAGCCGCUGAGCGCCAAGAGGAACCCCAUUGACGUGGACCCCUUCACCUACCAGAGCACCCGCCAGGAGGGCCUGUACGCCGUGGGGCCGCUGGCCGGGGACAACUUCGUGAGGUUUGUGCAGGGGGGCGCCCUGGCUGUGGCCAGCUCCCUGCUAAGGAAGGAGACCAGGAAGCCACCCUAACACUCGGCCAGACCUGCUGGCUCCCAGGCCCUGAGAGGACAGAGAUGACCACAUCCCUGCUGGAUGCAGGGCCCGUCCAAAGAUGCCCCAGGGAGGGGCGUCAGCCCAUGUUGCUGGCCUUUGGGGUCAAGAGGAGUAGGGAUCCCAAGCUGCCCUGGACUUAGACCAGUGUUUGAGGUGGUAACAGUGGCCGCAGGCCAGGGUCGGCCUAGACCUGGGAUUUGUGGGGAAAGCUGCUGGUGUGACCAGCUGAGGAACCAGCCAGGAGACCUGCAGGCCUGCGCCUUCCAGAAGCAGGUCCCAAAUAAAGCCAGUGCCCACCUGCA